AUGGAUUUCAUCAACAAAGUCACCGGAAGCAACAACCAGCAACAGCCGCAGCAGGGCGGAAACCAACAGCAAGGUGGAUUCAUGGACAGCAUAAAGAAUGGGAUGAAUAACGCGGCUGGCGGUGGGCAAGCCGGCGAGCGGAAUGAGGACUACCUUGACAAGGGUGUUGAUAUGUUCCAAGAGCGAGUCCUUGGUCAAGGACCUCAGAACAACGAAUCUGCGAUCGAACAAGCGAAGGAUGAACAGAUUUCCGACGCCAUUAGGAGCGGCUACAAGAGUAUGACAGGCAAAGACGUCCCUAUUGCGGACAAGUAA